AACGAUCAUAUCCUCAAGAAGAUCCACGAAAGCAUAUUUCACACCUAGACAUUGAGAUAGAUUUGCUUCAAUAUGGGUGCAGAUUAUUACAAGAUCCUAGGAAUAUCGAAAGAAGCAACUGAUGAUGAUAUCAAAAAAGCAUACAAGAAAGCAGCUCUAAAAUGGCAUCCUGAUCGUAACAAAGACAAUCAAGAUGCUGCAAACAAGAAAUUCAAAGAAGUGGGAGAAGCAUUUGAAGUGCUCUCUGACAAGAACAAGCGGGCUGUAUACGACCAAUAUGGUGAAGAAGGACUAAAGGGUGCCGCAGGUGGUGGUGGUGCCGGUCCUGGCGCUGGUGGCUUCCCAGGCGGUGGAUUCCCCGGUGGAGGCUUCACGUUCACAACAAGUCCUGGUGGUAUGGGCGGCGGUGGAGGAUUCCGUCCAUCAGAUCCAAACGACAUCUUUGCACAUAUCUUUGGCGCAAUGGGAGGAGGCGGUGGAGCUGGAGGCUUCUCUUCUAUGUUCGAUGGAAUGGACGAUGGUAUGGGAGGAGGUGGCUCCCGAUCUCGUCGUGGCGGCCCAAGUAUGGGUGGCAUGGGAGGAAUGCCCGGUGGAAUGGGCGGAAUGGGAGGUAUGCACGGUGGAAUGGGAGGCAUGGGAGGUAUGCCAGGCGGAAUGGGCGGUUUCGACUUUGGCAGUGGUGGCCAUGGCCAUCCUGGUGGACGCUCUGAAAGCGAGGUUGAGAUUAAGGAUAUCGAAAAGCCUUUGCAAGUCUCUCUAGAAGAUCUCUAUAAGGGCACAACAAAGAAGCUCAAGGUCGGUAAGCGAUUCUUGAAUGGAGAAAAGGACGAAAAAGUUCUUACAAUCGACGUUAAGCCUGGUUGGAAGAAAGGCACGAAAGUUCGCUUUGCAGGAGCAGGAAAUGAAGUCUCGCCAGGAAAGUCACAGGAUGUCGUAUUUGUGAUUGAUGAAAAGCCACACGAAACAUUCAAACGUGUGGACAAUGAUCUGUUUACAAACUUACAGAUUCCACUUCUUGAUGCUCUCGAUCCACCUAAAGCUGGAACACCAGGCUCGAAAAAGUACAUCACAACAUUAGAUGGACGCAAGAUUGACAUUCCAAUGCCAAGACCCAAAGCAGGCGGCACAACUAUUCCCAACGGCGGAGAAACUCGUGUAGCAGGAGAAGGAAUGCCAAUCUCCAAAACAGGCGGUAAGACAAAGGGUGAUCUAGUGGUCACAUGGCAAGUAGAAUUGCCAAACCGCUUGACGGACGAUCAACGAAUCGGCGUUCGCAAAGUGCUAGGAUAGAGUAAACGCAAAAAUACCCAAGACUGCUCUAAAUCUCCAAUUUCAAUAAUCAUGUAAUGUUACAACAAAUUUGGGCCUUCGAUAGACUUUAUCGAUAGAAUG